CCCAUCCCCUUCCCACUCCAUAUAGUCAAAAUUCACCUCCUCCUCCCCUGCUCUCUCUCUCUCUCUCUCUCUACCCCUUCUCUUCUUUCUCUUUCUGUCUCAACAGUGCUAUCCUUCAAUCUGCAAUUUCUGCUGCAAAGAGGCUUAUCAGCGCCAGCAGCUCAGUUUUUUCAUUAAGCGUUGCGUGAACGAUGGGCUUCCUCCAACGCCUUUUCGGAGGCAAGAAGAAGAAGGAGAAGUCAGGGGAUAACCCGAGCAACUGGAAGCUCUGGUCCUUCUUCCAAUCCCUUAAUUCCAAUAAGCGCCUCGCUCUCCCUUCUAGCUCCUUCAAUCCCGCUCCUUACCCUGACGAUCUCGAGCUCGACCCAAACAAGCACGCCAUUGCCGUGGCAGUCGCAACCGCCGCCGUGGCUGAGGCCGCUCUUGCGGCCGCCCAGGCCGCCGCAGAGGUCGUCCGGCUUACCGGCGGCGGUGGGGGCGGAGUUAGUGGCGCUCCCCUGCCGCAAACUAGCAGGCCCCCCCGGCUGGUGCUGGUGGAGGAGGCCGCGGCGGUUAAGAUUCAAUGCGCCUUCCGAGGAUACCUGGCAAGGAGGGCACUGAGAGCUCUGAAGGCACUGGUGAAACUCCAGGCCCUUGUGAGAGGCCAUAUGGUGAGAAAACGAAUGACAGACAUGCUACGUCGAAUGCAGACUUUGGUCCGACUGCAGGCACGAGCUCGUGCUAGUCGCAAUUGCUUAUCGGCAUCUUCGAAUUCUCCAGGCAGUUCCUCAUUCCAUCAGCUCAGAUGUGGCUCUUAUGCAAGCCAUAGCCUAGAUCCUGCACAAGUUGGUUCCAGUUGGCUAGAUCGAUGGAUGGAAGAAAGUGCACGAAACAACAAGAAGGAUUCCCAAGUUAGGAAUGGACACGACGAUGACAAGGGUACCAAGAUUCUCGAAGUCGAUACUUGGAAGCCUCGCUUCAAUCCUCCACAGAACCACGAGUACAGAAGAACAGCUGACCGUGACUUUCCUUCCUGUUAUGUUAGCUCUGGCCAUAUGGUGCUCGACUCUCCGUUGAAACACCCCAUAUCUUCACGUGGGGCUUUCUGUCUGAACGAGCAGGGAGGAAAGGGUGAAGCAUUAAGGUACUUUGAGAACAUCCAGCAGGCGAAUCCUGUUCCAUCAAGACCCGGGAGCAGCAGCUCUUGGAGAGACCCUUUCUCGCCCACAAAGAGCGAGGUCUCAUGGGGAGGCUAUAGCAGAUACUUGGGUCAUCCCAGUUAUAUGGCUAACACAGAAUCAUCCCGGGCUAAGGUCAGGUCACAGAGUGCCCCAAGGCAGAGGGUUGAGUUUGAUAACUGCAGCUCGAUGAGAAGGAAUGUCCUGACGGAGUCUUGGGAUGGUGGGCUCAAUUCAGAAAGGAGGUAUCCUCCGCAUGCUGAGUUUCGGACCAGGGCCUACUCGGAGAGGCAGCAUAGCAUACGUUAGAAACAAUUGCCCGACACCACUUCACAAGAUUGAUUCUUCUUCCCUCCCUGGCUAAUUACUUCACAAGAUUUGUUUUUACGAGUGUAAAGCUUGAGCGUUCUUUCCUCCCGUGUAUUCGGAAGAAGUCAGAUUGAUGUCUGUAGCGUAGUUUAUGAUGAGUCUGCUGUGUUCUGUCCUUCGCGUGCGAUACAUGUAUGUUUUUGCUGUAAAGAAUCUUUGGUUGAAGGAGAAGAUAACGGAUUUGCAUUGGCUGUCCAAA